AUGGCCUUCCACAAGCGCGAGCACUCCAAGGACAUUACCGCAAGUGCAUCACACGCCACACCGUUACCCACUUACUACUCACAACAACUGCCGCGAUGGACCAGCAAGAGCGCAUUCGAAAACCAGAGACCAUCCAAUACCAAGACUGAGACAUUUGUCCCUUGCUACCCGCAAUAUGCGGCUCCCAUGCCCAUCCAUAUGCCCCGAUUCGACGACGUUCCGCUGCCGCCUCGCCCUCAACUGCGACGGCUACCAAGAAAAUCCAUUCUGAUACCCUGGAUCCUUGCAGCUUCUUUCUUCCUCUUGACGUUUUUGCUGGCCUCCACCGCACUUGAUGUACAGUUGUUUAUGGCGUUACAACGGGCGCCGAGCAAUCUGCCUGUACAGGAGAUACGGAUUAUGAUCAAUGAGGAUGUGCUUCGCGGCUCUGCAUCUGCAUACAUAUCGUUCGUCACAUUGUCUGCGAGCGCAGCGAGACCUACGGCGAUCGCAGAUGCAUCACCAGCGAUACGUGACGGUAGCGCCGUUCCUACGACGACUACCACGACCGGCCAGCUGGAUGCGGCGCCUACAGCCAUUAAUGAUCCACCCGGGGAAGUCAAUAAAUUGAUAACAGUUGCUCCAGUGCCAAGAAAUGUGGGGACAAAUCCCACUGGAUUCAUCAAAGUUGUCAAGAUGGUGUAG